AUGGAGGAUUUUCGGGAGUGCCUUGGCGACUGUGGGCUAGUGGACUUGGGUUUCACUGGUUACCCUUUUACGUGGGAUAAUAAGCAAGACGAGGGGGCAACCAUUCAGGUUCGGCUCGACAGGGCCACAUGCAAUGACGAGUUCUUGCACCUCUUUCCGGAUGCGGCGGUCGAACAUGUUCUUACCGAGGAGUCUGACCAUGCGGCACUGUUCAUCAGAGCGGCGGCAUCACUGGAUGCAGCGGGCCACAAGAAGCAACGGUUUUUUAGAUUUGAAAAAGCAUGGACAAGGCACGAAGAUUAUGAGCAGAUGAUUGUGAGGGCCUGGGAGCAAGCAAAGCAACAACAUGGGGUGCAUGCGGGAAUGAGCGGGAAACUGGGCACCCUUACCAAGGCCAUGCAGUCGUGGAGUAGGGAAGUGUUUGGUUCCCUUCGCAAACAGAUUUCCAAGCUAAAAACACAGCUAAGAGAUGCGAAAGAAAGGGCGCUGGUGACCGGUUAUUUCCAGGAGGUCAAGGAUAUAGAGAGUUAG